GGUUAGCUUGAAACUCAACCUAAAAUUUCUCAUUAAAAUCUAGCAACUAAAUAUCUAGUAGCUAUAAAUAAAAUGUCUACUAAAUUAAGAAAAAGCUUGUCGUCAUGGCAGCAGUGCGAGAAGUGUCAAUGUGCUCUGGCGCAAAAAGAUAUUUCUGUGCACGAGGUAAGCUGUCCACCUUCCACAGAAAAUUGGGACCAUCCAUUCAUCCUUAACGGAGUUUUGCAUAGCACGAUAGAAGUCUUCCAAACACAAGAAUUGCCCAAACGCAUUUCUGAGAAGGACGCUAAUGAUAUGGUAUUUGUGUCGCAGUUCACUUUGCAACUGUGCGAGAUUGCAAUUGGAUCACCAACCAUUAUUGCAACGAAAGAUGAGGUAGUUGUGAAAACCGCCUGGCCGAUUAAUGAUAAAAGUUUGACAAGUGUCUCUUUAACAAAACACGCCAUUGACCUAAAUAAUUUAUCAGGAUUAACCAAAAUAUGUUCCUUGACAUCCACUGUCCAUAUCGCCAAGGAAAUUGUAAUUAGUCAACAAGGAAAGUGUUUGUCUGAUGUAAGUGUGGAACUGGAUAAUAUUCUAAAAUAUUUUAAUGAACACAAAAUAUUUACCGUGGGCAAUAGGAUAAGCGUGCCGUAUUACGGAAAGAAGUUGGUAUAUAAAAUUGUUCAAAUCAAAGCAGAGGAAACCAAGAGAAAGCAAACCGAAACAGUGGAUGUAAACGAUCUAUCAAAAGCUUUCAAAGAUAUAAAUCUAACACCUUCUACAAAAAUAGCCUUUUAUAAAGCUCUCUACACAACAAAGUGGACCAUUCUGGAUAAGGAUAAAGAAAAUGUUGCAAAAGGAAGACAUAAAAUUGAAGAUAUAGGUGGAUACAAUGCUCUUAUAUCCGAUAUAAGAGACGUAGUGGCAAUAGGUAUUGGCAAGUAUAAAAGUAUCGAACGCUUUAAUAUCUGUAAAGGGAUAUUAUUAUUCGGCCCCUCUGGCGUUGGUAAAUCCAUGAUAGCCAAUGCUAUAAUCUCAGAAUGUAACGUUAAUACGUUUACCGUGUACAGUUCGGACAUUUACAGUAAGUCUGUUGGUGAAACGGAGAGUAAGCUCAAAGAAGUGUUCAGCAAAGCGGUAUCGAGCGCUCCCAGUAUUAUAUUGUUGGAAGAUGUGGACAGUCUAUGUCCUAAGAGAAACAGUUCCAGUACAGAUCACGAGAAGAGGAUCCUAACUCAACUAGUAACGCUUUUUGAUGAUCUGCAAAAUACCAACAGCAAUGUGCUAGUAAUGGCUACCACUGCAAAGUCAGAUCUCGUGGACAGUUCUCUGAGGAGACCUGGAAGAUUGGACAUGGACUUUGAGAUUUAUGUACCAACUCCAGACAUGCGUAAGGAAAUAUUGGUGAAGUUACUUUCGAAAAUUCCCAAUACGCUUUCAUGUGAAGAUAUACAGAAUAUCUCGUUUAUUACUCAUGGCUUCGUCGGCGCGGACCUAUAUGGUUUGUGCUCCAGAGCGAUAAUCAAUGCUGUGAAAUGUUGUCAGAAGAAUAAGGCUACGUUCGACGAUGAACCAAAUGAUCCAAAUGAACUAAAAGUGACAAUGACCGAUUUUCAUUACGCUCUGACUGUAACAAAGCCUUCAGCGAUGAAGGAAGUUUUAGUGGAAAUACCGAAUGUGAGGUGGUCGGAUAUCGGCGGGCAAGACAACUUGAAGCUAAAAUUAAAGCAAUCUGUGGAAUGGCCGCUAAAACAUCCCGAAGCUUUCAUAAGAAUGGGCAUUACGCCUCCUAGAGGCGUUUUAAUGUUCGGACCGCCAGGAUGCUCGAAAACCAUGAUUGCGAAAGCUCUUGCUACUGAGAGCAAAGUUAACUUUUUAAAUAUUAAGGGCCCAGAGCUGUUCUCGAAAUGGGUAGGCGAGUCUGAGAAGGCUGUAAGAGAAGUAUUUCGAAAGGCGAGACAAGUAGCACCGUCCAUCAUAUUUAUCGAUGAGAUAGAUGCACUAGGUGGUGAAAGAGGUUCGUCGUCCGGUGGUAGUGGAAGCAACGUGCAGGAGCGAGUAUUAGCUCAGUUACUAACUGAACUUGAUGGUGUCACCGCUUUGGGAAGCGUCACACUGGUAGCGGCUACUAAUCGACCGGAUAAAAUUGACAAAGCACUCCUCCGACCUGGACGAUUAGAUCGUAUCAUAUACGUGGGGUUGCCAGACGAGAACACCAGACGAGAAAUAUUCGAGAUAAAAUUGCGACGUAUGAACAUCGCAAAGGAAGAAGUAGAUAUUGAGCAUCUAGUCAGCGAAACAGAAGGUUACACCGGCGCGGAAAUUCAAGCGAUAUGCCACGAAGCUGCCAUGAAGGCGUUGGAGGAGGAUAUUAACGCUAUUCUCGUCACCAAAAAACAUUUCGACGCUGCAUUUAGCACCAUCACUCCUAGAACGCCCGAUUCUCUCAUCAAUAUUUACAAGGAUUAUAUGAAUAAAGUUUUAUAAGAAUUAUAU